AAGACGCGUUUGCCAAGCCCAACCAGUUCAAAUCCUUCGAUUUCUUUUCCGGUUCGCCUCUCCCACCAACAACGAGAUAACAGACUGUCUCGAUCUCAAGACCCACUUGUCCUUUUACCAUCUUUCUGAGUCAUCGUUUCCUUUCUCCAAUCAAGAAUCGUCCUUCCAAUCAAGAAACAGCCGGCGGACGAUACCAAGUUGUACAAAGCCACCAAGAACGUUGUGAAUUUGCGAUUGAGAGAGGAAGAGAGACAGGGGGAGCGGAAAUGGGGAAGCGAGUCGGCAUCAUAGGCGCAGGCAUCAGCGGCCUGCUCUCCUGCAAGUACAUGUUACAGAGAGGGUAUGAACCCAUCGUUUUCGAGUUCCAGAGCAGUAUAGGAGGCGUCUGGACCAGCCCCGCACCACCAACACCACCGUCGCCGGUAGCACCACCACCAUCAUCAGAUCCGGCUGCGUUCAUGCCCCAGAGCACCCCACCGAGGCCAGCCUACCAGUUCUCGGACUUCCCCUGGCCUCCCAAAUCCAACGAGGAGUACCCCAACCGCAGCAAGGUGCAUCGCUACAUCGAGUCCUACGCCCGCCACUUCAACCUCAUCGACUGCAUCAGGUUCAACUCCAAGGUGCUGAGCCUCGAAUAUUUGGGAGCUACCGAUGAAGAGAUCCUCUCUUGGAGUCUCUGGGCCAACACCGGCCAUGCAUUCAGCUCGGAGGGAGCGUGGAAGAUCACCGUUCAAGACACCGAACACGAAACGACUCAUGUGUAUGAAGUUGAGUUUGUGGUGGUGUGUAUUGGGAAAUUCAACAGCGCCCCGAAGAUGCCGGCACUCCCAUCAGACAAGGGGCCAGAGGUAUUCAAGGGGAAGGUGAUGCACGCCAAGGAGUACCUAAUGAUGGAUGAGCUCGACGCAGUGGAACUCAUAGAAGGGAAAAAGGUGGUUAUAGUUGGAACUCACAAAAGCGCCUUCGAUAUAGCUACCCAAUGCGCUAGAGAAAAUGGAUUGGAGAGCCCAUGUACUAUGGUCAUCACGAGCCCCAACAAGAACAGCAAUGAUGCUAUUCCCAAUGCUGCUGGUCGUUCAAAUGGCACAAUCAUCUCAAAGUUACCCUUUGCUCUACCCGAUGACUUCCACAAAAGAGUUGAAGAAGGAAGCAUCAUCCUUGAGCAAUCUACAGAAUGGCUAUUUUGUGAGGCAGGUUUGACAUUAGGGUCUGAAGAUUCACAGGUGAAUGCAGAUAUUGUAAUCAUUGCAACAGGAUGUAAUGGUGAUCACAGGCUCAUGAGCCUGUUCAAGUCCCCAGCUAUUCAGAAGCUCAUUUUGAGCUCAUCUUCUGGGGAAGCCCCACUGUACAGGAAUUGCAUCCAUCCACGAAUUCCUCAAAUGGCAAUAAUGGCAACUUCAGAUGGUGUUUUCAGUAUAAACGGCUCAGAAACGAGAGUGAAAUGGCUGGUUGAAUUCUUCGAAGGAGGUUUCAGGCUACCCACAGUAAAAGAGAUGGAAGAUGAUAGCGGAUGUGAAUAGCCUGUGGAAGAAAUUCUUUUGUCCAAACAAAUCCAUGGUCUAGUGACUGUAUUACUACGAAGGCAGGACUGCAACUACAGUGACUAGAACAACCAUCUUCCAAUUUGCCAUGUUUAUGUUUAAGCAUGCUUAUUUUUCAAAAAAACGAGAAUGAACAUGCACUUGACAAGCACUUUCAUUAUACAGUUGAUGCUUGUCAAAGAAAUGUUUUCUUGAACGACUCAAGUACCUUCUUUGGUGCUUUAAGUAGUUGAUGGAACAUAAAUAAUUGAGUAGGAAGCUUUUCACUUGUGUGCUGUUUGGAGAGGGCCUUGUGGUUCACUGGGGUAUUAUUCAGAGAAGAAGGCUGGAUUUUGAAGUUACUCUGUAAUUAUCAAUGGUUCAUUCAUUUGGCUGUGAAGUAUAAGAAAACUUUCAUGUAAAAAGGAAAUACCACUUCUAUUUGAAGGAACGUUUUUCUUUGGUACA